AUGUCCGGCAGCUACUCCUCGCGCCUCCGCGGCGGCGGCGCCGGUGGAAGUUUAGGAGCGACGACGCUGCUGGCAGCGAAGGUAGCGUUCGCGUCCGCCGCGCUGGCCGCGGCCGCGUCCCUGGCGCGCGUGGCGAUCCCGCAGCUCGUGUCCGGCGCCGACGCCUUCCUCUGGAAGCUCUACCUCUUCUUCACCGUGCACGUGAUCAUCUUCGUCAUCUGGAAGCUCUCAGACAGCAAGCACUUCCACGCGGCCGCGCAGCAGCACAAGGACCCGUGGGCGCCGGUGCCUCAGCACCCCGCGCCGCCGCUGCUGACCGAAGAUGUGGUACGGCCCGCCAUGAAGCGCAAGGUUGAGUUCGCGCCCGCCGACAAUGCUGUCCGGGGCGGCGAAGAGUACCGCGUGCCGCAUUUGGUCUCGCGGCGGCAGGAGGCCGUCUCUCCGGUGGAGCAGGGGGUCGUCUCCCUUGGUUCUUGCGGCGGCGAGUCGUGCGUCACGACCACCACGGAGUCCGAUGAGGACGAGUCCUACGCCGCCGUCACCUCGUCGGCCUACGUCGCUGCCGCCAGCACUACUCAGAGCGUGGCAUCGGCGAGGGAGCGCGUGUUCGUUGAGAGUGGGCUCUCGCUGCGUCCACCCACGGCCGAAUACUUCGACGACGCCGACCACGACGCCGCCAGCGGCGACGACGACCUGGACGCGACGUGGAACGCCAUCAUGCAGAGGACGCGUCCGGCGACGGCACCGGCCUCAUCCUCCUUCCCAAACGCACCACGCUCAUCGCCUCCGCGGCGGAGGGCCCGCGAGCCGUCGGUCGGCGCGGCGGAGCUGAGCAGGCGGUCGGAUGAUUUCAUCAAGAAGAUCCACCACUCCUUCGGCCGGAAUCAAUAA